ACGCGGCAUGGUAGCUUAUCUGCUUAUGGUCAUCCUGGUUCGAGGUCGCCCGCUUCGCAUAUUUAUACCCACAGCCCGCAUCUCCUGCUGCAUCUUUUCUUUCCUCCUCUCUUCUGUCUGUGUCUUGCGCUUCUCCCCAUCAGUCCUUUGUAGCCCCGGUUGGCUUUAAGAGGUGGCCCUUCAGGACGACCACCUGGUGAUAUUCACCUAUUCGUUCUUGUUUUACCCUCCCUCCACUAGACCGUUUCAGAUACACUGUCGUCAAGAUGAUUGAGAAAUUCACGUCAAAGCGAGCCUACAACUGGUUCAUUUCCCUAGUUGCAGCAGCAUGCAUGGUGCUUUAUGGUUAUGAUGCCUCCGUCUACAAUUCCGUCCAGGGCUCGGACAACUGGACAGCCUACUUCCAUAACCCGGACAACAAUAUGAUCGGAGCCGUCAAUACAGCCUACACUGUGGGUGCGAUCUUCGGAGGUUUCUUCCUCGGUGGUCCCAUUGCCGAUUUUCUUGGCCGUAAGAUCGGAAUGGCCAUUGGCUGUGUCUUGGUCAUUGCUGCCACCUUCAUGCAGUGCUGGUCGCCGCGGGGCAGUAUUGCUUGCUUCCUUGCGGGACGCUGCAUUAUCGGUAUUGGCCAGGGUGUUGCAUUGACUGCCGGCCCUAUCUACAUCGGUGAACUUGCACCGCCCGAGAUCCGCGGAAAGAUCAUGACCUUCUGGCAGAUGUUCUACUCCGUUGGCUCUUUCAUCUGCUUCUGGAUUAACUAUGGCUGCACGAAGCAUUCAAAGAACCUGGGAGAGUGGGACUGGAAGCUGGUCGUCAUCUUCCAGCUUCUCGUUCCCGUCAUUAUUCUGGCUAUUCUGCCUACCAUCCCCGGCUCGCCUCGCUGGUAUGUCCAGCGUAAAGACGAUAUUGAGAAGGCGCGCUCGGCUCUCCGCAGAGUCCGCGAGACCGACGAAGAGGUCGAGGAGGAGCUGCUCAAGAUCCGGGAAGCCCUCGAAUACGAGAAGGAGGCGAUCUCCAGCAACUACAGCGCGCUCUGGAAGGACAAGUCCCUCCGCAAGCGUAUGGGAUUGGCGCUGGUCAUCAACGCUGGUCAGCAGAUCACCGGACAAGGAACCCUGAACACCUACUCCACCAAGAUCUACGAGAAGGUCUUCACGAGCGCCAGCAAGAUCGCCCUCAUCAACGCCCUCAACGCCACCUUCGGUAUCCUGUUCACUCUGAACGCCGUCUGGGUCAUCGACCGCUUCGGACGCAAGUUCCUCCUGAUUGUCGGUGGUAUCGGCAUGGGGAUCUGCAUGAUCAUCGUCUCUGCGGUCGAGACCGAGACUCCAUCUCCUGGGGGUGCGAAGACGGAGUCAGUGGGCAUAUCGAUCGUGUUCCUGCUGUUCCUGUUCAUCUUCUUCUACAAACCAUCCUGGGGCGCCACCGUCUGGAUCUGGACGUCCGAGGUCUUCUCCAUGAACGUCCGCGCGCAGGCCGUGGGCAUGGCCUCGCAGACGCAGAACGUCGCCAACGCCAUCGUGCAGCAGUUCUUCCCCACCUUCCUCAACAACUGCGGGUUCUACGCGUUCUACAUGUUCGCGGGCAUCAACUUCCUGCUCGCGCUCUUCGUCUGGUUCUUCAUCCCGGAGACCAAGCAGGUUCCGCUCGAGGAGAUCGACGCGCUCUUCGGCGGCGCCAACCACGUCACGCAGGGCGAGGACCUGUUCGCCCAUGAGAAGUCGAUGCGCGUGACCAGCGAGAAGCCGUACGCCACGACGGUCGAGGAUGCGCGGGUUUAGGUGUGGGGGUGUAUAGCUGAGAGAGUUUGCCUGACUAGCUGCACAUACGGUAUUGUGGUAGCUGGAAUAAUAGUAUUGAUGA